AUCUCCUACCCUCCAACGAAUUGACGAAAGGAACCAAACCCGAAACUGCUACUAUACGUGCUUGCACGAUCUCUAAAGCAAAAGUGGGCUUUUUCUUUCUCAAAGAUACCUCACCUGCUCGACCUCUGUGGGUUGCUUUUCCUUCACUUUCUGUCUUAAGAAAGUUGCAGAAAGUAUUUUCUCCAUUCCAAAUAUAUGGCUGAGGAGAGGAUCGAGAUCCUGGUGACCUCUGAAAGAACCAUGUUAGACAAUAGUAAUAUAAGGAACUCAACAGGGAAAACCAGUACAUCAAUUAAUCGCAAAAAGAUCCUUCCCCCUCAUUAUCUCAGAGCUUCUACUGGUUCCUGCCAUGAUUUCUGUAAAUAUGGAAGAAAACAUGCUGUUGAAGCUAAGGGGAAACAUUACAUUCCAAGAAGAGUUACAACCACCAUGGCCAAAGGUGAAGAUUCAGUAAAUAGUGCUAUUGUAUCAGAAAGAAAGAAGAAAACCGCCACCAAGCUCAGGCCUUUUCUUUAUUCGAAAACCCAGUCACCCAACAAUUCUGAAAUAAAUUCUGAAAUAAUCAAGCAAGAAGCUCCAUCAUCUGGCAAGAAAAAGGAGGUCUCUCCAAAACAAGUUUGGUCACCUGCCAAACAAAUAGAUGUCUCUCUCAGACAAGCUUCCGCAUCUGCCAAGAAAAUAGAGGUCUCUCCAAAACAAGCUCUGUCACCUGCCAAGAAAAUAGAGGUCUCUCCAAAAGAGGUCUCUCCAAAACAAGCUGUGUCACCUGCCAAGAAAAUAGAGGUCUCUCCAAAACAAGCUGUGUCACCUGCCAGGAAAAUUGAGGUCUUUCGGAAGCAAGCUCUGUCACUUGCCAAGAAAAUUGAGGUCUCUCAGAAGCAAGCUCUGUCACCUGACAAGAAAAUAGAGGCCUCUUCGAAACAAGCUCCGUCACUUGCCAAGAAAAUUGAGGUCUCUCAGAAGCAAGCUCUGUCACCUGCCAAGAAAAUAGAGGUCUGUCCAAAACAAGCUCUGUCACCAGCCAAGAAAAUUGAGGUCUCUCGGAAGCAAGCCCUGUCACCUGCCAAGAAAAUAGAGGUUUGUCCAAAACAAGUUCUGUUACCUGCCAAGAAAUUUGAAGCCUCUACAAAACAAAAUGUGUCUCCUGCUAAGAGAAGUAAUGCUUCUGCAAAUCCUGAAGGUUCUUCGGAACCAAAGUUUAUAGUGGCAAAGCCAUCUUCCCCCUCAGGAUUUUCAGGCGGCAUUGGAGGUAAAAGAAAUGGUGAUCUCAAGACAGUGAAGAAAAUGGGGACUUCCAGAAUAGAUGAAAAAAAAAUGUUGAGAACACCAAUGGCUUCUGUGUCUCCUAAACCUUCUGUCUUAAAUACAAGGACAUAUAGGAAUAUUAAAGCAGUUUCUCCUCUGAAGAGUCAGAACAAGGUUAAGAAAGUUGAUCCCAUGCUAUCCAUCGAAGUCCAAGAAAAGACAUUGUAUGUCAUUGAACAGCCUGAAAGCAAAAGCUUGGAACCGGCCCAAAAUGGAAGUCAUACAAAUCAAUCAUUGCCAUCUUCGUCUUCAUCAUCAUUGUCAUCUCCAUUAAACUCUUUAUCCUUUCAGUCCUCUCCAUUGCUGUCAGUGCUUAUUGAAACAGAUGACCCCAUUUCUGAAUUUGAUGAAGCUGAAAAUGAGGAAUCGGAGUCUAUGCUUAGUGAAGCAGAUGACCCCAUUUCUGAAUAUGAUGAAACUGAAGAUGAGAACCAAGUUGAGACUUCAAAUGUGGAAGAUAAGAAGCCCAGAAGGGGAUCUAGUUGCCCUGAGAAUACAGAUUGCCUGCCUCGAAAGUUAAAUUUCAACAAAGGACAGGUAGUUAACCUUCAAUCUGAUAACAAUAGCCCAAGAAGACUCAGAUUCAGGCGAGGAAGAGUGAUAGGGGAGAAUGAUGGUAAGGUUGACAUUGCAAGGAAAAGCUUAAAGAGGAGAGAAGUAACUCAUGGUGACACAUAUAGUACUGAACCUGUAUCUGAAAAGGUAAUUCUGAGACACCAAGAUGUGCAGGGAAAGAAAGAUGCUCAAGGUUUGUUUAACAAUGUAAUUGAAGAGACUGCAAGCAAGCUCGUCGAGACCAGGAAGAGUAAGGUCAAGGCAUUGGUGGGUGCAUUUGAAACCGUAAUUUCCUUACAAGAUGGCAAACCUUCUACUGAUUGAGUUCCAAAAGAUGUUUUCAUCAUCAACCAUAUGUUGAUUUUGUAUAGUAAACUAAAAG